AUGCAGAGCAAUACUACUGCAGUUCACCCCGCCGGUUUCAUCCUGCUGACCCGCGACAAAAUGCCGGGUCCACGCCCAGCCGACGACAGCCAGCACCGCCGCCUGCAGGCCCACAUCGGCAACCACAACCACCACCGCGGCAGCGGCAGCAGCAUCGAGGAGCAGAUAUUCGGGUCGGACGAGUUCCGGAUGUACGGGUUCAAGAUCAAGCGGUGCAACCGGACCCGGAGCCACGACUGGACGGACUGCCCCUACGCCCACAAGGGCGAGAAGGCCACGCGCCGGGACCCCCGCAAGGUCCCCUACUCCGCCGUCGCCUGCCCGUGGUUCCGCAACGGCGCCUGCCCCAACGGCGACCUCUGCGACUUCGCCCACGGCGUCUUCGAGUACUGGCUCCACCCGGCCCGCUACCGCACCCGACCCUGCAACUCCGGGCCCUUCUGCCAGCGCAAGGUCUGCUUCUUCGCCCACUCCCCGGACCAGGUCCGACCCGACAACCACAACCACCACAACAAGUACUCCUCCUCCUCCUCCGCCUCUUUCCACCACCGUCGCAAGCUCAUCCGCCCGGGGGAUACCGCCGCCGCGCCGCCCUUGCUGCUGCUGCUCGAUAAUUCUACUGCAGCUGCCAAUAAUAACGGUGUCGUCACUCGGCAGGGUUCUGGAUCGGCGGCUGAGCUGGAGAACGACGGUUGUUGCUACUUCCGCACGGCGGCGGCCCCGACGGGAUCGGAGGAGGUCUUCUGGACGCCGAUGAGGCUGGACGGGGGGAGUUACUUCGAUGGUGUGUCCGAGUUUCUGAACAGCUUGCGGAAAUUGAGCAUUAGUGGUGAGGAAGAAGAAGAGGAGCAGGAUACUGAUGAUGAUGAUGAUGGUGGUGAUCGGGUUUUUUCGGUUCACCGCCGGCAGAUUGAGCCGCCGACGGAUGAAUUGCCGCAGAUUGACUGGGUUUCCGACUUGGUCAAUUGA